GUAACAGCUAGCCAUGAAAUCUUCAGAAGCCUCUUCAUUCGCUCUGGUUUACUUCUUUACACUAUGUCUUACGGGUGAGUGUGUUUUCCUUUUAGCGUUUUGACUGGCUGAGCUUUGUCAUAGUCUAGGAAGGCUAAGUUUAGCCAAACCGAAGUUAAACAACGUUUAACUAAAACGUGCCUAACAGAAAUUAGCGACCUCGGAAAAUUGUAUGGUUACCCGGCACGAGUUCUAAGCUUAAGACUCAAACACUUUAAUUUAAAGUAACAAAUACAAUGAAAUAGUUUUAGUUAAGUGCUUUACAAAAUAUUUCUCACUCUUUCAAAGCGUUCUUGUAGGUUCGAUGCUCAUAUACGCGUGUUAAAGUGACAAACUCGGACAGAGCGAUUAAUUAUUAUGCGCUCGAGAGAACCGGCCGCGGUUUGCAUGUGUACAUGUAAAGCCCUGAUAAUCACUGUGUUUUUUUUUUACAGGUGACUCGUGCAACGUAUCUUACUAUAGCGUUCAAGAAGUUAACGUCAGUGUUGGAGAAGUGGCUGAUAUGUCUUUCUGCCGACCAAACGAUACCAGCGAGUGUUUUAGAUAUUAUCGUGUAACGAAAGAUUGGAAUAAAGUAAUUUUCACAUUGAACGCAGGAUCCGACAAAGCAAACUGCAAUGCAGGCGAGAGCUUCUGCGAGCGGUCAAGGUUUUACAAGUACAAUGCAUCGCGUUUAUUGCUAAGUAUUAACGAGACCAAGUCAAACGAUGAAGGGUCCUAUGAAGUUCACGCUAAAUUCAAGAGUGUUUGCCGCGAUUACUUUGUUAAUACGACGUUGCACGUGAUACACCUGAAAGUCGACGGUGAGUGAGACAGUUUCUCUAUUAGUUAGUUUGUUGUUUGAUUUUUAUCAAUCGCAGGGUGCACAAUUACAUGACAAAAAUAACGAUCAGAGUGAGGAUUUUUGAUUCGGCUAGUUUUUAUUGAAAGCAUAUUAUAAUUUUAAAUUACCAUCUACAGUGGAACCUCGACAUAACGAACCUCUGUAAAGAAGUUCUCUGUAUAUGUACGAACUUGAACGCCGAGUUUUUCAGUUUACCCAGUAAUAGUAAAAGAACGUCGAUAUAACGAAACCUCGGUAUAGCAAACAAAUUUUGGUAGUCCCUUGGCCCUUCGUUAUAUCGAGGUUCCACUGUAUUCCAAAGUGAAUACAAGAAGAAAUCAAAUAAAUAGAAACUCAAUGUCCUAAUCCAAAGAACUUAAAUCACGCUGGACGUUUUUAGUUUAAAGUUUAAAAUUUAAAGAAAUAUGGAAUGCUCUACGCAAACUGUUUGAAUCUUUUGGCGUUUAGUUUAUUUUAUUUUAUUCCCCCUUUUUUCAGAAAAUUCAACGACUUCUCCAACCUCUGUAAUGUCAACCAGAGUUUCAGAUCCAACCAACGGUAGGAACUGUUUAGUGUUGUGGCGUUCGUUUCAGACGCUAUAGCGUCUCCAAUCAAGAGUAUCGAGCCACUUCUUUCCAUGGUCAGAUCGAUGCAAGCCAGAUAGUCAAAUAAUUCAACAAUAUAUAGUUAGAACGUUUCACGAGUCUCAGAAGCCACGAGUAGUUGCAAGGGCAUUACUCCUGUGUAUACCACGUUCUUUAAGGUAAUAAGAAGCCAAAAGAGAGUGCUUCACACAAAAACUGUGGAACGAUUUGACUGAUAAAAUGAGAGACGACCUAGUCUGGAACGAUCUGACCAUAGAACGAAGUGACCGUAAACCCUAAUCAAGAUAUUAGUAUUGUCAAAAUUACUUCGUGGAUAUUUUUAGUUUGUUGUGACAGUCAGAGAUAGUUACUUCUGAACAGGAUUAGGGCCUACCGUACAUUAAGCCACUUGAAUGAAUAGAUUGUUGUGUGUGUGUGUGUGUGUUUUUUUUAUUUUUUUGAAGGAAUUUGAUGGAAGUGAAGCCCGUUCUUUGUUGGAGGUUUGAAGAAAAAGCAUUUUCCACCUUUUGGGGCUGUCAAAUUUUAUGUUAGACGAAUUCAAAGCUCCUCCUAAAUCGCUACUAACACCAACAAAAUAGAAUAUUACACUGGUUCGAGAGGCUCGUCAAGUAUAAAUUUAUAAGUUAUAUGUGUGGUACAGAGUCUGUUCCUUAAUACGUCCUACACUCAUUUGUCUUCGCAAACUAAUCGGCUGAUUAUUGGAUAACGUUUUAAACUUAAAUUACAAUUUUAAAAAAUGGAAAAACACGGAUAUUUUAGAACCUGGAGACUUAGAGAAGUCUUUCAAGUUCAGCCAAGCGCCUGAAUCGAUUUGAGUAGGUAGGAAGACCGAAAAAAACGAGCCAAGUCUUGAGUCAUCAUAGUCAUUAGUCAGGGUUGUAAGCCAGCCAUUUUUUUCCUUUUAGGCCCAAAUUGUAGAAAGGGGAUAAUAUGAACUCUUUUUUAGGAGCCUUUCACUUGACUCCAUAGCUACUUAAGGCUUUCAAAAUUAAAGUGUUGGCCAAUUCCUUAUUAUAAGUUCGCUCCCAGAAUAAGACAAAAACAAAACAAAACAAAAGAUAAAGCAAAGCAAAGCAAAGCAAAGCAAACAAGGACAAAACUGUUUACUAGAUGCUAUUUUAACAGCGGCUCCUCCAAAAUUACGACUUUUUAACCUAUAUGAUCAGAUUCUACCAGGUAAUCAAAGUACAUAAACAAAGGGGAUCCCUUUGCAUCUUCUUGAAAAACCAAGAUGGCGUUCAACGAUAAACGGAGUUUCCAAGUGAAUCAUGUGCCAAUUUUACACAUCACCUCGACAGACAUUCUGUAGGAACGUAGCUGUAUUAGGUGCAAUUUCACGUCUUUUUAAUAUUCGAUUACAUGAGCUCAUUUGAACCCAUUUUUUUUGUUAAGUCCGUUCUUAAUUAUUUAAAGACGGCUACGUCCUUGGUAGUCACUAGACUGUGUGAGUUGCCUUCCGAACACACUCGUUUUCUCAACCUGCACAUCUGCUUGCACGGCUGGUUGUAAUUGACCUCACAAGCAAAUUGGUAGUACGUAGGUACCAUCUGCAAAUCCCUAGUAAACAAGAAGUAACAUGAGAUGGUUCAUCCUGACCUUUCCAGUGGUUAAUUUUCUUGACCCGUUUUAACCCUCGGACGUAACGGGGUGGUGGUUGCCCCCCCAUCAUAAGGCUUUUCUGAUUUUGUUUCCUAGACGAUAAAACAUCGGCACCUGAAGUUUUCUGUAGCUGUUCGUUCUCCCCUCGGCUUAGGUGUACAUUUUCUUAGUUCAUUUGAUCUUUUCAUUUUUAAUUUUGUCAGUUUUAGUACAGUCGCAAUUUUCUUUUUCCUAUGCAGUGCCCUACUGAAAACCACAUUUUGUGACAGAGCUAGCCAUCUGUAAAAAGAACUUUCUUGUUCUUGUUCUUGUUGUUGUUCUUCUCGUUCUUCUUGUUCUUCUUGUUCUUCUUCUUGUUAUUAUUAUUAUUAUUAUUGUUAUUAUUAUUAUUAUUAUUAUUAUUAUUAUUAAAAACAGGCCCUCGAUUUAAUCUCCUUUUGGGAUCUAUUUGCAGGAUCACCCCCAUCCACUUCUCCAACGACGUCCUCUGCUGCAAACUUUUUACCGAGCUUUCCAAUGGUAAAUAUGCUUUUUGCAUGUUUUCUAUUAGUUGAGAUAAUGUGACUGAUACUCGCGGUCUUUAAGAAUAAUAAGUAGUUCUUAGAUGAUUGAGAGUGUCUUCCAAUUCAUGAGCAGCUAGAUAGACAAUAGGCUCGAUUAACGGCCGAUUUGUGCUCCCACAUUUCCUUAGGCUUAAAAUGGGAGGAGGCCGAAGCAAACUGGACUCCCUCAAAUGCCUGAAAAUGGACACCAGCUUCGUCCCCAAGCCAGUUCGCGCCAAACAGGCUUGAAAGUUGACAUCGUUUCCGAAAUCUCGGAGGACGACUGAAGAAUGAGGUUGCAGUCGACCCUAGGAAGACAAUGACAGAGAUACAACAAGAAUGAUUCUUUGCAUUUUUCAAGAAUUCAUUAGUGAUGUAACCUUUCCGGUUUUUCUUUUUAGUACUUUGAUAAUCAUGCCGUUAUGCCAAAGUUCUUUGUGGUUUAUUUUUUUUAGCAUUUUUGGCAUAAUUUCCAAAAGCAGGAAGGUUUUUACCAGGCAGGGAGCAGACAGGGAGCAGUAUACAAGAUCAAAUGCUGCGACUGCCAGGCUUCUUACAGUGAUGAAACCGGCAGAAACCUAAGCACGCGCCUGACCGAACACAAACGAGCGACGAGGAAUGGUGACGUCAACAAUCACUUUGCUGAGCACCAUUUACGGACGAAACAUCAAUUUGACUGGGACUCUGCGACAUGUAUAACGUAUUCUACAGACUACUAUCAACGUCUUACUUUAGAAAGCUGGUUUACUAACUUAGAACAAACUCCACUGAAUCGUAGUCAACAGUUACCAGCGCCGUACAAACGACUUAUUGACAAGAUCAAGUAAAACUAACUACGAGAGAACGACUAAUACUGGAGAACUGACAAUUUGCCUAACAAUAGACGACUGUUUAACUGUGACAAUAGACGGAUCGAAACGCACCAAUCACGAUCACGAGUCUUCAUAGUCAAUAACAUCACAGCUUAACUGACAGACGACCAAUAACAUCGCGACGUAAUUGACCAAUCAGAUCAAUAACCAGAGUAUAUACUAUCAUCAACUGACGUGAUACAACUCACUCUGACUCUGAAGAUGACUACCGCACAGGUUGUCGAAACGUCAGUCACUGUCAACAACAACAGUCCUAUUCAGGACUACGUUUACCCGGACGAUCAAACUCAACCUACUUUUGAAGGUUUUUACCGCCGCCUGGUUCAGCUCAGUUGGAAUAGCGUCGGUCUGCUGAGCGGGCUGUCGCGGGUUCAAACCGCGGCCGGACCAACACUCAGGGUCUUAAAUAACUGAGGAGAAAGUGCUGCCUUUGUAAUGACAUCUGAAACGGUUAGACUUUCUAGUCGUCUCGCAUAAGAACAAAAAACCGUAGGUCCCGUCUCACGGCACUUUCAUAUCUGUUUUUUUUGUGGGACGUAAAAGAACCCACAAAAGAGUAGGGAAGGUAGAUCCCGGUGGUGUGGCCAACCUUUCCUUGUCUGGAUGGGUUAUCUGUAAGGACAAAUCUUAAUAUAGGGAUAACCUUAUGAUCCUCUUUCCGGUGUCGUAAUGGCUACCUGUAAACAGGGUGUCAGAACUAAUGAACUUAAAAAAAUGGACACUUCUAGCCUGACAUUAAUACCGCAAAGUUCAAACAGGUUUUCAGUGCUAUAGCCAGUACUUUUCGUUUGGCCUAAAUGCAUCUUCGACAUACCUUGUUACAAUUUUUUAGUUAUACAACCACGUAAAUUUUUGAUUUACUAAAAAUUAUAUAUUCUCUUUUUCCAGGGAUUUCUUGGAUGUUUUGGAGCGCCUUUGAUGGUUCCUGUGUUUGGUAGCCUGAACAUGAAGGAAGAGUUUGUUUCUUAG